AUGUCGAACCUCUUUGCAGUCCCUGUCUUCUUUAUCGUCUUCCGAGAGACUCUGGAGACUGCCGUUAUAGUUUCUGUACUCUUAGCCUUUCUGAAGAAAACAAUUAACAAUCCUGAUAGCGAUAAAGCUGUCUAUAAAAGACUUGUUCGACAGAUAUGGCUAGGGACAGCCACUGGACUCCUGAUAUGUAUAAUUAUCGGCAGUGGGCUGAUAGGUGCCUUCUACACGCUUGGAAACAACAGUUGGGAGAAAUACGAAUACAUCUACGAGGGAUCCUUUGCCAUAAUUUCGUCUCUUAUCAUAUCAAUUCUUGGGGCGGCUCUUCUGCGUGUUUCAAAGAUGCAAGGAAAAUGGCGUAUCAAGCUAGCUAAAGUCUUAGAGGAUCGAGCGCUUACUGUUGAGGGAAAGCGGGCUAGUAUCAAACGUUGGUUCGGGCAGUAUGUUUUAUUCAUGGUUCCAUUUGUCACUAUCAUGAGAGAGGGACUGGAAGCUGUUAUUUUCGUCGCAGGCGUGUCGUUUUCCGCACCGGCAACAGCAGUACCACUUGCCGUCGCCGCCGGCCUCAUUGCCGGUGGAGCCGUAGGCUGGUUAAUUUAUAACGGCGGAAAAUCAUCGCAAUUGCAAAUAUUUUUAGUCAUUUCUACAGGGCUUCUUUACCUAGUUGCCGCCGGACUUUUUUCACGUGCUGUUUGGUUUUUUGAACAGUACAAAUGGAACCAAGCCGUUGGCGGUGAAGCUGCCGAAAUGGGGGCCGGCCCAGGCUCAUACGAUAUUGACCAGAGUGUUUGGCACAUAAAUUUUGGCAGCCCACAUAUGAAUGGCGGUGGCGGAUGGGGAGUUUUUAAUUCUAUGCUGGGAUGGCAGAACUCAGCGACAUACGGUUCUGUAAUCUCUUACAACAUUUAUUGGAUUACUGUCAUCAUUGGAUUUCUCGUCAUGCGUUUCAAAGAAAUCAAUGGUCAUCUCCCGUUUAGAAAGACUCAACAGCCUGAUCACAGUCAAACUGAGAGCGAUAGUGACAGAGGAGACAUGAAGAAAUACACACAAACAAGCCUAUUUUUAACUGAGGUUUCACGAAUAGAAGAACAAAGAUGUAGGUCUACAUAUUGA